UUUUAACAAUUCAACGCGCAUCUUAGAUACUUUUCUUGUAUAAGAAAUCACGUGCCUUCUGCCAUAAUUUCUAAAUUGUAUCAAAUUAUACAAAAUUUAAAUGAAUCUCUCUAAUGCAUUGUGUUAUAAAUAGGAACUAAAUAAUAUAUGUUCCUUAUCUUUUUCAUGAACAUUUUAAUAAACGAAAGAGAAGAAAUCUUUGAUAAAGUUAUGAACAACAUUAAGGAUAAAUACUGGAAGCUAACAAGUUUCUUCCUCUUUUAAUUGGAUAUUAGGAAUUAUUAAUAAUUUAUACAAGAAUACGAUUUAAGAAGAAAGGGAUAAAAAACUUGUAAAAAGAUAUAUUUCAGCAUGUAAGUUUGAUAUAUUUAUCCAUGUGGAAAAGAAAAAUAAUAUUAAUAACGACGUAGUGUUAAUUAACUUUAUUGUGUGAAUCUAUUGGAAAAUAGUGUAUGUGUGGAUACAAAACUGUACAGUAAUAAUUAUCAAAAUGAUCAUUCGCAAAAUGAUUUGGCCUCGCACAUUUAGUGACUUUGCUUCUAUGGUAUUUAUAUUAACAAUCGUACCAUUGAUUUAUUGGUUUGAACUAUGGAUAGUGUUACCCGCAUUGUAUGAAUAUAAUACAAUACCAUAUUUUUGCCACUUUAUUUUGGGUAAUUUUAUAAUGUUGAACAUCGUGGGUAACUUUACGUAUGCAGUAUUGUGCGACACUAGUAUUAAUAGGACUAUUGUACCAGUAAGCACUGCAAACCCUAAGGAUGGAUGGAGAUUAUGCACAACUUGUGAAAUACUUGCUCCUCCUCGCUCUUGGCACUGUUCAACAUGUAAAACUUGUAUUCUGAAGCGUGAUCAUCAUUGUAUUUUUACUGGCUGUUGUGUCGGUUACUUCAAUCAUAGAUAUUUUAUUAUGUUUCUUUUAUAUUUAUUCAUUGCUACCGUCUAUGCCUUUUGUUACAAUAACUUUUUUAUCUGGUCUAGAAUUCAUUUCGAGUUUCCAAUGUCCAUUAUAAAAAUAAUAUUUCCAUUGGCAAUAUUUGUAUUUGGAUUUGAUGGUUCUAUCGAACAAUUUUAUUUGUUACUUUAUAUUGUAUCAGUUAUAGGAAUGUUAUUUACAGGCAUCUUAUGCAUUUACCAUUUUCAAUUAGUUCUUAAUGGAUGCGUUGCAGAUGAAAGUAAUAAAAAUAGACGUACUUAUGAUCUAGGUUGGCGACAAAAUAUAAAGGAAGUUCUUGGUGAACGAUGGUAUUUAACAUGGUUGGUUCCAUAUAUAAAAUCACAAUUACCGCACGACGGUAUUACGUGGGAUACAAAAAGUGAAUGGAAAAUUAAUAAUGCAAAAUGUAAAUGAAUUGAUAUACAUUUGUUUAUCUGAAAUGCAAUUGAACUUUUCUAACUUGAAUAAUUUUAAAAUGCAAAUGAUUUCUUUAAAUUUAAGCUUUACAUUUAAGCUUUUAAUUUAAGAUAUACAAAAUAUGUACGUUUUCUUUAAUUUUUAUUUCAUUUAAAAAUCCUUUAUUUUUUUUUAAUGUAAAUUUUCUCUCUCAAUAAUUAUGAUAUUACAAGAUCUACAAGUUCAACUGUAUUUUAUAAAUAUUUUUUGACAUGUUCUUAUAUCAUUCAAUCAUACCUAAUAUAUACAUACUUAUGUAUAUUGUACAAUGAAAUUUCUUAA